AUGCAGAUCGGGAACCCGACGGAUGUCAAGCACGUCGCGCACAUCGGCUGGGACAACAACUCCGUCACCGCGCCCAGCUGGAUGAACGAAUUCAAGGCUUCGCCGGGGACGGCCAGAGGAAACGAGCCGGAGCCCUCGCAGGCCGGGUGUGGAGGAGAGGAGCACCACGGAGGAGGAGAGGCCGGCGGCAAGGCGGAGCGGCCGCGUCGGACGAGGGGGAAGGGAUCGGGCGGCGGCGAGCCGAAGCGGCGCGAGGGCGCGGGCGAGGGGUCGCGGCGCGACCGGCGGGUGGCGAAGACGGACGCGGAGGGCAGCGAGGGGGACGCCGCGGCGCCGAAGCAGCGGAGGAGGAAGCCGCGGGCGCCGGGAGGAGGCACCUCGGGGGGACGUUCCAAGUCGUCUUCCGGAGGCGCCGGCGGCUGCGGACCCACCUCGGACUCGGAGGCGGCGAGGUCGGCGGCGCCGGAGGCGGAGGACGAUCGCGACGGCUGCUGAGGUGGGGAGCGUGGGGUGGCGCCUGGCGCGGCAUCGCUUUG